AUGAACACUACGGAGAAGCGCCGUCAAGCGCCCGGCAACUUGUCUGCCCAUAUCCUGCGAACUGGUGCUUCGAACAACAACCGCACCAACAUGCCUGCUUUGCCGCCCAGGGCCGCGAUGCUUUCCAAUACCAACGCGACGCCCGAAGAGACCCAUGAGACCAGCGGCGGUGCCCCGCUCAAAGAGAAGGAAAGCACAACUACAGGGAGCAGUGGCACGAAGGACAAGGACCGCGACAAGGAUCGCAAAGAGCGGAGGGAGAAGAGGGAGAAGAAGGAGAGGGACCGCGAGCUUGAAGUCGUUCUGAAAGAGAAGGAUGAGAAGAUUACAUAUCUGGAGAAGGAAAUGGGUAUAAUGGAGCGAGAGUUCCACCGCGAAUUGGAUAAGCUGAGCCAAAACGAAAGCGAAACGGCAACAUUCUGGCAAGCCAAGCAUAGCGCGCUGAAUCAACAAUAUUUACGGACCGAUACAGAGCUACGGCUACUACGCGCCGAGGUUGAAGUACGAGAGGGCGAGCGUGAAGAGCUGCGAGAAGGUUGGGAGGUCCUACGACGAGAGCUCAAGGAGCGAGACGACGAAAUUCGAGGGCUCAGAGGCCAAGUACGUGGGUUGAAAGAGUGGGUGAGCAGUAGCACAAGAACAGAUGGGCAAGAAUGCGACGAGGUGUUUGGCGAUGGGAUGGCACGGCUGGGCAAUGGUUUGCAGAACUGGGUCAUUGUGAACUUUCGCAAGGCCAAGAUAAAUUUGGAGAACUUGGAUGAGGCAACGCUGGCCGAGGUCAACGAACUGGUGCCCAUGUAUGAGGAGCUUGCAUCGACACACAAGGUUUACCUCUUGCAAUCUAUCGUAUCGAGGAUACUAGUCGAAAUGGUGUUUGACGCCUACUUUGUUGGCCUUUCAGAAGAGCAGACUCAGCAAUUUCGACAGGUGGAAAAGCUUAUUUCUUCAUACGCUGCCUCUGAUGAGGCUAUAAACCAUUGGCGAUCCUCCACCCUUGCUCUUCUCCGUCGAGACGGCUCAUCCCUUGAAACAUCAACGUCAUCUGUCAGUGAAGCCAUCCUGACCCGAAUAACUCGUCUUCUCGACGCCCUCUGUGGUACAUCUCCCUCCGAGGCUCGAGACAGUGGACUACGUGUUCUCGUCAACAACUCAAUAGAGCUCGCGCGCCUCGUUGCCGUUCAAAAGGCCGUGCUGCGGGUGAAUAUGCCUACGGUGUUGCCGCAUCAGAGGGUCAUGUUCGAGUCUGAGACGAUGGAGGACUUAGGUGGUGAGGACGAAGAGUCCUUGACUGGGAGGGAGAUCUGCUGUGUUGCUUUUCCGGGGGUAAUUAAGCAUGGUGAUGAACAUGGUGGACACUUGCAAUACCGCAACAUAAUCCUCAAGGCGAGGGUUCUUUGUAGCCCCGAGUAA